UAGAAUGCCGAGUCUGAUAACUGAAAUAUAUUGGUCCAAACCAAAGUCAGCUAAUGGUUUUAUCGAAACUUACCUAAUCGAAGCUCAGUUAGAGUUCAUUUUUGGCAUGGUACAAGGCCUUUACUAGAGAAAAUAACGCUAUGAGAUUACCAAUUAUACAUUUCUACGACCCUUGUUGUCGUUAAUAGUCACAUUUCAGCGUUUUUAACUAGAAAACGCUGAUAUGUUGUACACUUGACAUUUGUUAAAUGCAUAUAUACCUUGUUCGUAUCCAUUUACAAAUACCAACGAAUCUCACUACACCCAAGAUUUGAUUUAUUUUCUGACACAUCUGCUUAGAUAAAAAUGGCUGAUCAAGCAGGUAAAAUGAUUAAGAACUUGCGUUUCUUACAUUUAUUCGCACAUUAUAAGUUUAUACUGACCUGGAAACAUUUAUUUAUACUGUGUACAAAUAGUUAUUACCGUUUUCUCAACUUUUAUUUCACUUUGUAUUAUCUCUGAAUGUCAUUUAAAUCUAACAGAAACCUGAUGCAAAUAAAAAUGCUUCUCAAUACUAAAAAUAAACGGAAUAUUUCACUGCUAUAUGUGUUUCAACAUACCUUAAGUCAACGUCCUAUGAUUUGUUGUUUUUCACGUCAGCUGAUGUAAACUCUUAAGUCUGUUAUAAAAACACUAAUUUGCGAUUGGUUUAUUGACAGUAAUCUGUGUGUUGAUUGUUCUGUGCAAGAUUAUUCGUUGCCUCUUGUUAAGCCAAUCAGAACGGAGUGACCUUCAGGGUAUGAUUACAUUUUAGUUCACGGUUAGUAGAUAACAGACUAGUUAGUGAUCCGGUGUUAUCUGUCCGGUGCAUUAUAAUGUGUUUUGGCGAGCACCAUUUUUGAUGUGAACACCUAUGUCAACCUACAUAUUUAUCUCUGAUAUUGGAUCAUUUACUCAAAUAUGCUUAUUCGCAGUUAAAGCAACAUCAACAUUAUGUAUAAUAUGGAGUGCAUAUGUAUUUGCAAAAACACGAUUGUUUUCCAGACGAGAUUCGGACAUUCAUAAUACUAUUGUUAAUAAGAAAAGGAAGUAUGAACAUUGUGAUGAAUCAGAAAUUUCUACACCUUAUGACAAUUAUUCUUCGGAACAAAAUCUACCAUCUUUAUCAAUUUUGAAGGGUAGUGUCAUAAUUCGCAAUGGUAUGAAUGCGCUGUAUAAUUUAAUUCAUCAUGUAAAGUAUAAUGGUGAUGAUAAUGUUGCUACUGCUGUGUCUACAGAGGCUGACGAUGUCACUUCAACAAAUCCAUGUAGUGAAUUCAAUAAAAUCACUCAUUCAGAUGAAUUGGGGUUAUUUUAUAAAAUGAUAUGUGAUUUAAGUGUCAAGGCUGGAAUUACUACCAGUAAUAUUUACAGUACUCCUCGUAAACGAAGUCGUUUAUUGUCUUUCAGCAAAGAUCCAAAACUCACUACAGACUAUAUAUUACAUCUUUUGAUUUCAUACAGCAAGGAUCUUAGGUAUUUGGAUCACUUAUUCCAAUGUGAAAAUUUUGAACGUCUAAUCAAUUGGCUUAGUUCAAUCAGUCUUUCAGCAUUAAACAAUUCAGAUAACAAUAAUACACUACUCAUUGAUAAACAUCAUUCUUCACCAUCAGUAAAUCAACUCUUGUUUAAUGUGGAUCAAUGGACAAAUGAAUCAUAUUAUUGUGAUGAUAAUAAUAGUAAUACGGAUUCAUCAUUUGCAAAAGUAAAUAACUUGCCUGAUGUUCAUCUAGAAUAUCCUAUUCAUCUUUUAGUCGCUAAUUUUUUAGCAAACAUCUCGCAGCAUCCAUCAAGUUCCGUUUUAAACAAUUAUGAAGAUAUCAAUAAAUUAAUCAGCCUCUGGAAAGUUUCUACAAGUUUGCAUUUAAAUCUUUUUGGUUCCAAGAUUGAUCAUAAUUUGAAAAUUCAUUCUAAAAUAAUUAACAGUUCAUGUUCUGAUUCGCUCAAUUCAUACCCUAUCUACUGUCCAGAUGUUUAUAACUUAAAUGAUUCCAACAAUAUCAACGAAGAUUAUGAUUUUGAUAUUAUUUUUGUGAACGGUAUGUUGGGUAGUGUUUUCUACACUUGGAGACAGCAUGAUUCAAUGCUUGCCAACAAUGCUACUCAGUAUACAAAAUGUUGGCCUAGAGACUGGCUUUCCCAUCGAUUUCCGCAAGCUCGAAUUAUUGGUGUUGAUACGUCAUUGAAGCCAUUUGUUUGGCAUUCAAUUUGUCCACUUCAAAAGUUACGGCGUACAUUAAAUGAGCGAGCUGUAGAUAUAAUGAAACAACUUAAAAAAGCAGAAGUUGGUCGUCGACCUAUAAUAUGGAUUACUCAUUCAGCUGGAGGUAUUCUUGUAAAAGAAAUGCUUCGAUUGGCUAAUUCUGUUAGCAAUGGUACUUCCGAACAAUCGGAAAACGAUCAUUCUGAGCCAAGUACCACGUCUAGCACUAGAGAGUGUGCACACGUUUCUCAUACUUAUGCAGCUUUGUCAGCUUUAAGUGGAGAAAACCCAUCUGUUUCUCAAUCCUCAAUUUCUAAAAUCGAUCCAUCCUGUAAAUGGUAUUGUCACGAAACUGACCAGGAGAAUGGAAAUCUGUCAAAUAUAUCGAAUCCUAGUUUUGUUGAAGAUAAAAACUCCAAUAUUUCUGACAAAUAUUUUGAAAAUCGUAUGUAUUAUUCGUCUAGUUGUUCUGAUUUUCUGUCCAAACGCAGUAGUGAUGCAUCAUUCCUAACCACUUUAUCCGAUAGUUCGAAAACAGAUCCUGUAAAUUACCAAACAUUAGCAAGCAGUACACAAGCAGUUGUAUUUAUGAGUACACCACAUAGAGGAAAUCAAUCGGUGCACACUUUAUAUCGUCGUCCAUUCCGAUGGGCGCUUACUCCUGAAGCUAUUCAACUUGAAAAAAAUUCAAACUAUUUGUUGGAUCUCCAUGUUUGGUUUAAUCUAUGGGCAUAUAGUCAUAAAUUACAAAUCUUAUCUAUGGUUGAAAGUCGUGUAACACCAAUCAACAGAUUUUGGUCUGUUUUAAUUGUCCCUGAAGAUGUUAAAGACCGAGAGAUGGGUAAAUUGGUACGUAUCGAUUCAGAUCAUUUAUAUAUAAGUAAACCAAUGAAUCCUUCUGAUCUAUCAUAUACCAGUAUUGUUCAUUUUAUCGAAAAUCUAUCAUUAUGUAAACAGGCACCUGUGAAUACUGAUAAAACAACCUUUGUAACUUCCUAUAUUUCUAGAGUACAUUAAAAGUUUCUUCUUCUUCUUAUUAUUAUUAUAACAUUUCCUAAUCUCAUUGACUUUUCUCAGUUCAUCAGUGAACAGAAGAGGUUUAAUUUGUCAUGUAUGUUUUCAAGUUGUGAAAUUCUUUCUGUUCGUUUUAUUUGUACAGGCUACUUAUCUUAGUUAUUUUUUACUUUCACUCUUUCCUGAAGAUUAGUCUAAUAUAAUUUUUUUAUUAUUAUUUUCAAAGUGAUAUUUUGGUUUUUUUUUUUCGGUGACUCUGUACAGUGAAUUAUGUGUGUCUUCACCUUUGAUUCCUCCCCACAAUGUGUCUUUUCCAGAUUAAUUUAUUUCUUUUUAAGUGGAAUCCAAACUGUUACCUGCAUUAUUUUGUAAUUUCUGAUAAUAUAGAGUGAUGAUUAAUAAAUUAAUUCAUCAGUAA